CGUUCAGUUGUUGAAACCCUUAGCCUAAGGAUACGAGCUGAACCACCAAACUCUCCUGUAGCCACAGAAGGAGGACUCUGAGAGAAUAUCUUUACGUCAUAGAUACAGGCUGGACUAAGAUCCCAUAGGCUUUAUCUCCCAGAUUCUCCAGCUGUUGACCCUUGUUUUAGACUUCUCUUCUACCUGCUGGGCACCUGUUUGUCCCUGCCUGUCUGGCUGUGCUGAGCGAUGAAGAUCCCUCUGUGGUACCUGGUGGUGCUGCUGGCAUGUCUCUUCACCCCUGGACGCAGUGACUGCCAGGGGGACUGUGUGGCCUGCAGUCUGCUCCUGCAGCAGCAGCAGCAGCAGCAGCAGCUGCAGCAAGCCUUCAACACCAUGGUAAAGUUGUGGUUCCAUCAAGAGUGUUCAGGCAUGAAGCCGAACUGUCAGGUGUGUUUGUUGGAGUGUGAGGGUCAUGUCUCCUCCUCACUCACAUGGGAGGUGUGUAAACAUGCCGUCAAGCUAUCGCGCCAUCCUGUUCUUUCUGAGGGAGGCGCUCUGUUCAAGAGAACAGGAGAGGAGCUGGAGCUGACCUCUCUUGACCUGAACUCGGACAGUGAACUGCUGCAGUCUGCAGCCGCAGAGCGCUUCCAGGAGGGGGAUCAGGAUGAGACACCCUUUGAGCAGCGCAGUGUCCAGUAUGACUCAUCACUGCUGGAAUCCUCUGAGGAGGGGGAGGGCCUGCAGGGUCUGGAUCUCAGUCUGGCGGACGAAGAGAGGAAGCCGAGGGAGGAGAGGAAUGUGGAGAGUGACAGCCAGCUAGAAGGGGACGAGGAUGACAGCUCACAGACCAUCACCAUAUCCAAACGCUUUGGUGGCUUUCAGAGGGGGCGGCAUGGAUACAGGAAGCUGAUUGGCUCGCCCAUGAGGCCCCUACAAAAGCGCUAUGGUGGGUUCAUAGGCGUCCGGAAAUCUGCCCGCAAAUGGAACAGUCAGAAACGGGUGAACCAGCUGCUCAGGCAAUACCUGGGCAUGAGGAGCAGCCGCAGCGGCAGGUUCAACAACGUCCCUGUAACUCGGGUUUGGAGGCAAAACAAACUGUAAUGUAUUUCUGUUGCUCUCACAGAAUCCUGCCCAAGUUACCUCAACCAAUCAUGUUUUCAGCAGCUCACAAUUUGACGUCACCAUCGUCAUCAGAAGAACAGACUCAGCCAUUUCGCUGCACCUCUUUGUGUCUCUAAGUAACAAGGAAUGUUUUGACCGUGAUGUCCUUCUUAUUACGCAUAUUUACAUGCCAUUCUGUGAAAUAAAAGAAUUAGAGAAGUGCAAUUGAAUAUAUUUUUGUGUGUCGGUGUAAUAAAAGGGGCCAAUUAUGAAAUUGGAAAACUAAUUCACUGCAAGCUUUUCACCAGAGGUGAGACCUGAGUGUGUGACUUUCAUGCAUGUGUGGAUGGGACUAAGUCAUGGUUUCAGCAGUUUUUUGCACUCUGUAGUUUGUGUUAUGACAGCUGUUACUAAUGUCCAGCUCUCGUGAAAUGGACUCAUGUGUUUCUACGUAGGUUUCCCCUUUUAAAAUGGCAUCUUUUUUUAGAUUUGGGACUAAACAAAUCAUAUACAAAUGUUUGCCUUCAACUGGACCGUAAUACAUUGCUAAUCUGCCCACAUUUCAGCAGUAACAUGUAGUAGAAUCAAAUUGGAAGUGGACCAGCACUGUGCUUUCAAGAUGGUUCAAUCAGAUGUAAAUAUGGUUGGAGUGCUGGAGUACAGACUGUUAAUUACUGGUAUAAGAAUCUAAUUUUCUGCUUAAGGAACUUAAUUAAUGAAACACAAUGGACGAAAAAAUUGGUUUUCUGAACUUUCAAACUCACCAAAACUCUACAUCUCUCCUCAAAAAAGCCUUGUCCCAUUGCUUCAUUCAGAGUAUUGACAAAAAAAAUGCAUUUUUCCUUUCUAUUGUAUUCUAAUUUUGGCCAUUAAGCAGAGUUAAUCAAUGUAAAACUUGCAAAUGAUGAGUUUCUUUUGAGGAAAUAAGCAGCAGGUUGGCAGGCUCCCAUGGGCUCCUUUCAGUGGAAUAAUACUGUCCUCUAGUGUUUGAGGAACAUGUUGCCCUUGGAUACUGACUUGGGAUCAGUUUUGAUGUCCUAUUUGUAAUAUUUUUAUGUAAUUCUUUGGAUUGACUCCCUUUUUCUGCAAUUACAGUGAAAUUAGAGAUUACCACAAACAUUAUACGGUUAAUUUAUGGCUGAUACGUACCUGUCCUCCAUCAGCAUCAGAAACCUCUUAAUGAAUCAUAAAAAUCAGAGAAACCAACAGUCUAUUAUCCCUCAUUCUCACAGUAUUAGUAGCAUCUGAAUGACAGCUCAAAAUGAACCUUAUAUUUAACUUUUAAGAAAAGCAAAGCCCUUUGCAGCGUUAUUAAUAUUCCUCCCAUUGACUUAGAAAAAAACUGCAACACCCUCCCCCAAUAUCUCAAAAAACAAAACAGAAUUAGAACAAUUCAUUUCUCUAUUAAAAACUAAAGGAAGGCAAAGUGUAUAGAAUUGUAAGACAAUUGGGUAUACCCAAAUUUAUACCACAAAUUGUGAAUAGAAUAAUUUUUUUUUACUUUAGCCACGAAUGCACGCAUUAGAAGUGGAAUUAUAAAUUGCAGUGGCAAAAAAAAAAACAAACAACCCCCCUGCUCUGAUAAUUUUCAUACACUCCCUAAUUUACCCUGCAAUUAUAGAAAUGAAGGAGCAAUAAUAAUAAGCAAGUUUUGCUUGACUGCAACUCAGGAGUAAGGAGAAACUAAUCCCAGUCAGUUCUAAAAUAUUACUCCACCUGGGGGCUUUCUGCAGAACUGUUCACGUCACUUUAGUCUAAUUGUACUUAAGUGCAUGAAGCUGCAAAACUGGCAGGGACAUUGGGUGUGUAUCGCACUGUAGGAUGGGAAAGGGAAACCACCAUCUAAAGGUACCAUAGAAGAGCAGAGGGAUGAAAUGAACUGUGCAUGUCAGCUGUGGUCAUUAUUAUACAGAAUAAGAUGUUUCUGCUUGGGUGAAAAAAAUAUGUUCAUUUGUUUUGCCAUCAAGAUAUUUUCCACCACUUGCAGGUCACAUCCAUUCUUUUGCAUCUUAAUAGUGUUUAACUGUUUACUGGUGUUUGAAUACGAGAUGUAAUAAUGUAUGCAUAUGAGUAUGUGGGUGAUUGCAGAGUGUGAGAGUGACUGUGCACGUGCAUGUGCGUUUCCCUGUCAAACCAACACAAAAAAUGGAAUUUGUGACUACAGUGUACAUUUCAGACCACAUUUCUAACAUUAUACCAUUGUUCUGAGUCUUCAUACAAAAUGUGUAUAGAGAAAAUACAAUAAAAUAGUUUGCUAUUUCUUUUGUGAACUGUCAUGCAGAAGAAAAAAAGAACAAAAAAACA